AUGGCGUCCUCUGCUACACCCAGUAACCCGACAGCACCGUCAUUAUCCCUACCACCGUCGCAAUUCGCCCGCCUCCAACCUCACGCCUACCUUCUCGCCCACCUCUCUCCUCCACCAGCGAGCAACCAGCCCUCAGUCCGCGCCAAUGGUCGCGCGACCUCACAAUUCCGUGUCACAUCCGCCAAUGCUGGCUCCCUAACACACACAAAUGGCAGUGCAGUCGUACGAAUCGGCGACACAGCCGCUGUCUGCGGUGUCCGCGCAGAAAUUCUACACACAAAGGAUAUCGCUUCCUGGAGCGUCUUCCAAGCCUCAUCGGAGCACGAAUCUGGCAAAUCAAGUGAAUCUGGAGACUCCAGCUCCCAAGAUGAAGACGAUCAAGGCCACAUCCAAGAUCUGAACCUGCUGGUUCCCAACCUUUCCCUCAGCACUGGCUGCGCGCCAGGCUUUACACCCGGCGCACCACCUUCCGCGCUGGCCCAGUCUCUUUCUCACCAACUUCUCUCUCUCCUGCACACCACAAAUCUCGUCCGAGCGGAUGACUUGCGCAUCUGGUACCAGCCACCGAAUCUGGCAUCGGAAGAAUUCCGCAAUGCGGGCGAGGGCAUGGAUGUGGAUACAGAAGAAAGCGGCGGACCCGAGCGCGAGAUCAAGGCUUUCUGGGUGCUCUACAUUGAUGUCAUGAUCAUUUCUCUGGCUGGAAACCCAUUCGAUGCGGCCUGGGCCUCUGUAUUGGCUGCGCUGCGUGACACUAAGCUCCCUAAGGCUUGGUGGGAUGCUGAUAACGAGACGAUUCUUUGCUCGGACGAUGUUGCCGAUGCGCAUAAAUUGUCUCUUCGUGGAUUGCCUGUUGCAAGCUCGUUCUGUUCCUUCGAGGGCGAUGUCGCUGCCGGCUGGAGGGCGAUUGUCAUUCCCGAUGCUGAGGAGCUGAAGCAGAAGAAGGGUGCUCAGCAAAGAUGGAUCCUUGCGGAUCCGGAUGGAUAUGAAGAGGGUUUGAGUCAAGAGCGGGCUUGUGUUGUUGUUGACAAGCAGGAAGGGAAGACGGUUAUUUUGAAGAUGGAGAAGCACGGUGGCUGGACUGUGGAUAGCGAUGAUCUGCGGCAGCUUGUGGAUAUUUCUGCCCAGAGAUGGGAUGAAAUGAAGCGGAUUUUGGAUCAAUGCUGA